AUGGAGGCGUCAGCUUCAGCAGAAGGUGGGGGAGGCAGCGCCGCCAGGCGGAGCAGCCCGGCGGCUGUGCAGGCCACCAACGACGACGCCGCGGCCAGCAAGCUGUCCUGUGUUAACAAAGGAUACAUGAAGGAUGAUUAUGUGCGGUUUUUUGUUAGGCGACCAACAAGGAGGGCUCCAAUAAUCAAUCGUGGGUAUUAUGCACGUUGGUCUGUUCUCAGGAAGCUUCUGCAUGAGUUCCUCAUUGCGGGGAAGAAUAAUGACAGUGAGAAGCCGAAACAAAUAUUAUCUCUUGGUGCUGGCUUUGACACAACAUUCUUCCAGUUGCAAGAUGAAGGGAUGGCUCCACACCUUUAUGUAGAACUGGAUUUCAAGGAGGUAACCAGCAAAAAGGCCGCCAUCAUUAACCACUAUAGUGAAAUGAAGGAAAAGUUAGGCUCAGAAGCUUCAAUUUCAAUCGAAAAAGGUGAAGUGAUAAGUACGCAUUACAAGCUAUUUUCUGCUGAUAUUCGUGACAUACCAAAACUGGAUUCAGUUAUUCGAAUGGCUGAAAUGGAUCCUAGCUUGCCAACCUUUAUAAUUGCAGAGUGUGUGCUUAUUUACCUGGACCCGACUGCCGCUGGUGCUAUCGUGAGUUGGGCAUCUCAAAAGUUCUCCACUGCUGUCUUUUUCUUAUAUGAGCAGAUUCAUCCUGAUGAUGCAUUUGGGGAGCAAAUGAUUAGAAAUCUUGAGAGUAGAGGAUGCCCCCUCCUUGGUAUAAAUGCUACACCAACCUUGAGUCACAAGGAGAAACUUUUUCAUGGCAAUGGAUGGCAGAGAGCUGUUGCAUGGGAUAUGCUGAAAAUCUAUAAUGACUUCAUUGACAGUCAAGAAAGACGCAGGAUUGAACGACUAGAACUGUUUGAUGAGUUUGAAGAGUGGUAUAUGAUGCAGGAACACUACUGUGUGGCCUAUGGAAUCAACGAUGCCGAGUUUAGUGCGGAACCAUGGCUGACACUGACAGUGGGAUCCCGCUGGCUUAAAUCUGAUAGCACAUAUUUGCAGUAA